AUGGCUUCCUGCAAACACACGCCCCGCUGCCGCAUCCAUUCCUCAAAGCCUGGUGUGUUUGCCUUCUGGUGGGCCCUCACCACACGGCGAGUGCUGGCCGACACAGAUGACACAUUUUGCAGCCAUUCCAUGACGCGUGAAGAGUGCCGUCAGCACCUGCCGACAGAAGCCGAAGCGCUGCAGAACUUCAUGGAUGAGUUGGGGCGUGCCCCCAUGCCACAGCCUGGUUCCUUCGAAGGCCGCGGGAUCGUCAUGAGCGGAGGCCCGAUGCAUGUGCUGCAGGCUCUGGCGAAUUUGGAAGUGUUGCGCACUGAGCUCAAGUCCGGGAUGCCGGUGGAGUUUUGGCACGCCUUCGAGCUUGAGCCUAUCCACUGCACAGCAUUGGCUUCAAGGGGUGCCAAAUGUCGGCAGCUCCAGGUCCCAGGGGUGUACCGGCAGUUUGAGACUGUGCUGCCCUCCAUCAUGGCAUCCUCCUUCCAGGAGAUCUUGUGGCUGGACACCGAUAUUACUCUUCUGUACAGACCAGAGGAGCUCUUUGAAACCCCCCAGUAUCAGAACACAGGAGCCUUGUUUUGGCCUGACCAUUGGUCCUUCGAUUGCCGUCCAUGGGGGCAGAGUUCCUGGCCUGGGCAUGUGGCGCUAAAGCUGUUGCAGUUGAAGCACAACGCGUCGGACAUGCAGUACGCCCAGGAGCAUGAGACGGGCCACUUUCUGAUCAACAGGGAAAAGCAUUGGAAGCCUAUUUGCUUGGCUAACUACUUGGCGUCGCGCGAUUUCUUCACUCGCGUACUGCAUGGGUACAAGGAUGUCUUUCGUUUAGCAUUUCUGAAGCUGAAUGCCUCAAACUGGUUUUGCCCUGUGCGUCCUGGACUGAUUGGAGGCUUCUUGAAGAACGGGCUGUUCUUACAAGGAGGCUUGGUGCAGUUUUGGCCAGCAGGAGAUCUGUUUGGAACUGGGCCCUAUGGUCGAGACGUGCCGCUGUAUAUUCACCAGAAGAAGGUGCCUGGCAACAUUUGGGUGGACGUUCUCACCUUCGGCACACCUCUGGGCACCUGCAUCUCCUACCAGCUGCUACCCUUUGACCCGUUCACGCCUGGGGAUCGAAACCUGUGGCAGGUUGGCGUGACCGACCUCACGCUCGGGGAGAAGAUCAGUCGCUGUGGCCAGAUAUGGGACGCUGCGUACUACAGAGCUCGUGACAACCUCCGGCCCUUUUUGUCCGAUGAGUCGCAGGGCAAGUUGGAACCGAAGCGAAAUACCAAAGUUACGUCGGAUUUCAAGACGCUGGUCGAGGGCUGUCGCUGUGACUAUGACGACAACCUCAUCUUGCAUGUACUCACUGUCUGGCAGCGAGUUGGUGAGAAGAAGGUGAGCACAAUUGACGCCACGACCUGUCAGCCAGUUCUGCAACAGUUCGAGUGGGACACGUGCGCAGUCGGGUACAUUUCCCUGGCCGUCCUCUGUUCACAGCUUCUGCUGAACACAGAUCCAGGGAAUGCCGCAAAGGCCAAAGAUGUUGUUCGCAAGCUUCUGCCUUCUGUGACGGCGUGCUUGCCAAAGACAUUGUGGCCUUUAAAGCUUGAAGACUUGCAGCACUUUCUGGAGAGUCAAGACCGGCUCAUCUUUCCCGGCGACUUUGCCUUCAAGCCCCAGCAGGUGGCGAAGUUCCCGCCCUCCAUCCGCAGAAAUGCGUGGCCGGAGCAUGGGAUGACUGUUAGGCCAAACCUGGCGCAUCAGACUUACUCAUCGUGUCGCUUCUGCUGCGACCCAGACUUGGGACAACAGAUGCGCGGUGUGUGCUUCGACUCCAUAUUCACAGAGGACCGCUGCUGCCGGUCCAAGAACGCGAAGAGCGCUGGCAACUUUCGUUUCGAGAUCGGCGCCCGGACAAACGGACGGCACAUUCUGCGCUUCGACUUCGUCGUGCAGAACGAGACUGGCGAGGUGGUGCAGGAGUUUUCCACGGACGUCUCGGAGGAGGAUGACCUCGGUGCCUACUACCCGAUUAGCUUCAAGUUCUUCGGCGACGGCAGCUGGUGGACGCGACCUCCCCAUCGACACGCGGACCCUUGGGAGCGUCCGCUGCUGGAUGUCCCGGAGGCUUGGGUGCACAGCAUGUGGUUCCCAAUGUCUGGGGGCCUUAUCAGGGCUCCGGGUUACCGGGUGGACCGGUGGCUCCAUACGGGCUAUUUCCUCCAGGCUGUGGACCUCCGGGACCCCCUCACGGACAUGCUGGCCCUCCUCCCGGAUUAUCAGUGGCGGGUGGCUCAUCGACUCAGCUUCCACAACAUCCGGGCUUGGCUCCUCCAGGAGGACGCUUCUCUUCGACAAACCCGAUGGGAGCGACUUCGUCUGUCAACUUCUUCCCCUUUGGCGUCGGACCUGGCGGUUGGGGCAGCGGCGGUGAUCGCCCGGGAGGUGCUCCUCGUACCGGUCCAUGGUGGGAAGGCUCAGGAUGCGCUGGAGGCUACAAGGGCGACUACAGCGUGGAACAAGCAGACGGACGUGCCGUUGUUCCGGCGGGCCGAGAAGGUUUUGAGGACCUUGGGCUGGGACAUGCAGGUGGACUUCGAGCACUUGACGGAGACCCAGCUGAUCUCGGAGCACUACCUGGAGUGUAUCCUGCAGAUCAUCGAGAUGAAGGCCGGAGUGCGAGAAGAUGACGAGCGGAGGCAGGCCUACAAAGGAGUCAUGCAUGACUCAGGGCGGCGGCGUGACGAGACCUUAGCUCAGUAUGCCAUGAGGAGGUUGAGGGACUUCACCCGCACGGCCAGCCAUGGGCUGCAUCUACCCAGUGAGCUCAAGGCCACCAUGCUGAGAGAGGGGUCCGGGUUGUCAGAACAAGGGCUCCAGAAUCUUACGGCGCUCAUGCAGGGCGAGGACCACAAUGUGGAUCGUCUGGCAGCCACCUUGGCUCGCAUGGACGUGAGAUCUGAUCGAGUGGUUGCCUUCCAGCACGAGGGUGAUGUCCGCAACGAGAACAGCAGCUUCCUGGCCGAGGAGGAGAGAUCCGAAAGCGAUGAUGAUGGCUCAGAGAGCUCCGAGCGUGAGUUGUGGGACGAGACGGUCCUCCAUGGCCUGUCGGACAUGAACUUCACUGAGGAGCAGGCGGCCUUGGUCUUUGCCCUGGUGGAGAAUCGCCCGCCCUUCAAGAAACGCACCUGGAAGGAGAACAAGAAGUUCAAGGCCGAGAGACGCAAGGACCGCGGCAGCUUCUCCAAGGGAGGCGACGGCCGCGGCUCUGGCACUGUUGGCUCCAAGCCGAAAUGGUCGAAGGAGCAGCUGAAGAAGAUUUCCAGGUGCCGGACGUGUGGAAAGAAAGGUCACUGGUCGGAGGACUGUCGUUUGGCCAAGGACGGAGUUCCCGACGUCAGCAAGGUGACAGGGUUUUGCUACCUGGGACCUGCUGAGGGUGGUGGCAGCACCCACUACUCCUAUGCUGUGCACAUGGCGGACUCCGAUCUGAUGAAGGGCGAGAAGCAGUUGGGGCCGUGGGCCUUCCUCUCCAUUCCACCAGGGAUGGCGAUUCUGGACAUCGGUGCGACCCAGGACAUCAUCGGCAAGGCUGCUUUGAGCGCGCUGGAGUGUGAGCUGGCGGGCAAGGGUCUGAAGACGGUGGAGAUCCCGGGGUGCAUGGUCAAGUUCAUCGUGAUCGACACUCCCGUGCCGCCCUUGUUGUCGGUAGGCUUCUUGGCCCAUUUGGGCACUACCAUGGACCUCACAACAGAUGAGGUGUGUUUCAAGGGCAUCGGCGUGAACAUGCCGAUGGUCAAGUUGCCAUCCGGUCAUCGUGCUGUGCCCCUGGUGCAGUGGGACGGGACCUACUUUCCGGUGCCGGAGACUGCGAAACAGCAGUUCAAGCUCUCCGACGACGCAUUCAUGAAGUCGCAAGCUUCUUCCCGAUACAUAAGGUCCUCCUGCUUCGCACCCAUGUCUUGCAAGUCUGAGCAGUUUUCAGGUCUGGAGAUGGAGUUGACGUCAGGUAGUCUCCCAUGUCAGCAAGAACAAGUGCAUGCAGACCCGAAGCCACUCGUGGAAGCCAGUAGGAAGCCCUUGAAUCGAAGCUCGCGUGGAACUUUGUCUCCGCUUGCCACGACAUCAGCUGCUCAAAUGGGCAACAUCAGCGACUCUGUGAGUCAGAAAUUCGAUAUCCCCUCUCGCGUCGACAAGCAUGGACAACUCGUCUCGCUCGACGAGCGGCGCGGAGGGCAACUCUCAGACGAUGCGGUGGCGCCAGCUGAUGCUUCACGUGCUACAAAUGUGGGAGACGAUUCGGGUGAGCUACGCCAGGCUGGCCUUGAUGGAAACCACGCAAAAGAGCCCCGUAUCGGAGAAGAAGAAGUUUUUGGUGGACGACGCGCAGGAGCCUGGGAAGUGCCUCCAUCCAGCUCCUCACACUCGGCGUGCCAACCAAUACGCCACCUGGUCCGUGUGCCCCCGGUGCUCGGCCAGGACUUCGUAUGUGCCCAAGUUCCCAAGAUCCAAAGCAAAGGCCAAUCACGGGCGGCAUCUCUCGGCGUGACGACGACCAACCCGGUGCCCAACGAGCCGAUCCCGCCCGAGCUGAACUACACGCUGAAGGCAAUGCUCUCGGGGUUUCAGGAGAUGAGCCACACCUUGCGCGACCUAGCCCGCGGACAGGGUCAGAUGCUCCUGAUGAUGCAGCAGGGGACCCAAAUGGACAUAUCGGGAAUGACUCCCGUCCAGGUCUCCGAGAUGGUGAACAAGACCGUGGCGCAGCAGAUGCAGGUGGACGAGGCUCUCGCAUGGUGUGCCGUGACCUCGCAGCUGCUUUCUUGGCAACAGCUGUCCCCGGGAUUCCAGCAGGCCAUCCGUCACGAAGGCGGUGAUGAGAGCUGCUGGGCUGUCCACUACCGAGUCCCUGAAGACUGGCGAGAUCUGAACUACACUCACCAACUCCCAACAUGGUUGCAGGCGCCCUGGGUUGCCAUCACCGAAGAGCCGAAAGUGAGCGAGGAGAUCGUUUGGCACGACUGUCGAGAUGAGCAAGGUCUUCUACAGGAACGCGGUCCCGGGGCUUCGUCACGCGGCUCGGAUCAGGGUGGAGGACACCGACGGGAGUGGGUGUGCACCAAAGGAGUGAACUUCGUGCAGAGACAUCGUGAUCCGGCCUUCCCUCUUCUUGGAUACGAUGAGAAUUUGGUGCGGUCCUCCGUGGGCCCAUACUGGGUGCUGCGAGCCCCCCGGCUGCAAGGCUGGUUCACAACGGAGGAGAUGGACUGUCCCGCCAAGGAAGUCGAGACGGCUUCCGAGAAAUUGGUUCAGAUGGCUCGAGAGCAGCGGCGUGCCACUUCCCCCCUUCAGCUGGACUACAUGGAGUUGUUCCAGAGCACGGCUACUGGCGCGGCGCUUCGUCGAGAUGGGAUUCGGGUCCUACCUGAACAAGAAGGUUUUACAGCAGCAGCGGGUUGGCGCAUUGAAAAGAAGGAACACCGCUCCAAGCUUCGAGAAGUUCUAGAUCAGCGACGACCUGCUUUUGUGUUCAUCUCCCUUUCAGACGAGGGGAACGAGAUUUCUGACUGUCUUCGGCAAGGCUUGGGCUUGGAGGUGAUGAAGAGGCAGGUUGACGAGGGGCGGUUCUUUCUUUCCAAGUUGGACUUCAAUGUCAUGAACCGGCUACGACGACAGGGCGAAUGGAGUGCUCUACUACAAGAUCCCGAGGUAUGCUUAGCAUCAAGCACGCGAGGGUGGUGGAUGACAAACCAUCCCGAGAUGCACGCCAGCUUGGUGUCCGACGAAACCAUCCUUUUCGAGCGACCUCUGUCUUCAAUGCGGUCGUCGCCCAGCAGCCAAGAGGAAGCCCGGGAAGAGGAGUGCCUGGCAAAACAGCUUCUUAGAGAUCAAGACUUCUCAAUGGGUUCAUGUCUCCGACUUCUGAACUCCACGAGGUGGCCCGCGUCUUCUCGACGAAGGAGCGGAGACCGGGAGGACGUGGUCUACGCAGCCCUGGGUCAGUUUUCCCAUGGCAAGUUUUCAGGCAUCACGAAGCACACCCUCCUCAUCGAGAAUACCGUGCGCUACCUGAACGGGUUCAUGACCUACCACGGCGCCCUGGGGCCUCGUUCGUCACUGGCCAUAUCUCGGAACAACCGCAUGCCUCGACACCGAGACGUCAACAACACCCAUCAAAACUACAGCAUCGCGCUUGGAAAGUUCAGUGGUGGAGAGCUCUGGACGGAGAAGGAAAACGGGAAAGUCAUGCGAGAAGUGGGAUCCAAGGUCACGGUGGCUGGGGAACUUCAGCGUCACCGAAAGAAGAUGGUGGAGUUCGACCCCAAGAGGUUCCACGGAGUCGAGCCAUGGCAAGGAGAUCGGUGGUCCAUCACUGCUUUUCGAACCAGGUCAGUGGACGGUCUGGACGUGGCCGGGAGAGAGCGACUGCAGCGCCUUGGUUUUCAAGUCGAGGGCUAUAACCCGGGCAGCCACUAUGAGGACAAGUUCGUUGACAAGAUGCGUGACUUCUCCAGAUCAUGGACUACGUCAUGUGCCAACAACAUGCCCCUCGCUUCCUUCCCGGCAACCAUCGAGGAGGAGAUGGAGGAGGACAUCCAAGCCCACCCCAGGGGACAAGGCCCUGAGGAGGUCUUGUCGGAGGCUCAGAAGAAUCUGGUACGCAAGCUACACGUGAACACCGGGCAUCCUCCUCGAGAUCGCUUCCUGAGAACACUUCGCGCCGCUGGUGCCUUGGAUUCAGUGUUGAAGUACGUGCGGGACAAGUUCGUGUGCGAGAAUUGUGCAAUUCGACAGGGCCCAGACCAUCGUCGCAAGGCCCAGUGCCCAAGGACCUUCGCCUUCAACCGGAUCCUGUCCAUCGACGUGUUCUAUGUUCCCUUCAAGGAGACUAGUGUCGCCGUGCUCAACAUGGUGUGCCAUGGUACCGGAUAUCAGGUGGCCCAGAGGAUAGAGGCAAGUUCCGGAACCCCCUCAGCGGCCGCCACCUGGAAGGCAUUUCUGCAGUCCUGGGUUCGGUUCCUCGGCCCUCCCUACAUGGUCAUCACGGACGGGGGCAAUGAAUUUCAUGGAAUCUUCGAGAGAGGACUUGAGCAACUUGGAAUUCUUCAGCACACCACAGCUCCGGAAUCACCAUGGCAGAACUCGAAAGCCGAGAGGCAUGGAGGAUGGCUGAAGCAGAAGCUCAAGCAGGAGAUUCAGUCCGGACAAUGCGUGAUGAGCUCCCUAUCUGAGCUCGACGACUUUCUCUCACAGCUGACGGCGGCCAAGAACCGUUGGUACAACUCUGGGGGCUACACACCCACCCAGCUGGUCUUCGGGGAGUUGCCGCGAGUUCCCGGUGAGCUUCUCAGCGAGGACCCCGGUGGUCUGGUUCCCCUGGCGGAUGCCUUUCAUGACCCAGGAGGACUGGACGAGGCUGGAGUCGAGUUCCGCCGAAGGGCCGAGUUGAGGGAAAAGGCUCGGCAACUGGCUAUGCAGGCCGUGAGCAAGGAUGUGAUCCAGCGCGCCGCCAAGACCUCGAUGGUGCCUACGAGGACCUGGUCACCUGGGCAAUGGGUCUACUGCUUCCGCCGCGGCAAGGCUGGCGAUACACUUCAUCCCACUCCUAGGUGGGUGGGCCCGGGCCUGGUGGUCUUGGCCAACAAGUCGGUGAUCUGGGUGGCUAUGAGAACCAGGCUGUGGAGAUGCUCACCAGAGCAGUUGCGCUCCGCCUUCCCGUCCGAGGUGCUUGGACGACAGAUCGCCUCGGAUCCGGACAUGGGAGAACUUCUUCGUCAGGUAGUGUCUGGCGGACAAGCUGGGGCAGUGGACGUCUCCCGUGAGGGGCCUCCUACGGGGGAAGAUCAUCUUCGACCAGUUGAGCGAGUGACCGAGGGAGUGCCACUUCCUCGUUUGGAGCCCACUGCGACUGGAGUGGUUCCUGAGGACCCGGCCAUGAUCCCUUCUGAAGUACCCGUUCCUCCUGGCCUACUUCCGGUUCCACAUCUUCCUCGAGGAGGUCAACCGGUUAGACAAGUUUCGGGGUCCACCGCUGGUUCAAGAAGAUCCUCAACACAAGAGCCAGCGCAGGAGCCAGAGAGCUCAGAAGGAUUGUUUCCCGUGCCCGAGGAAGGAGCAGAGCCACCCUAUGGCGACAUGGAGACAAGUCGGGCUGACCGCGAGGAUCCGGCACUCCCUGAGCCAAGGCCUCUCAAGGUUCCCAGGAUCAAGGAGAGCGGGUCAGUGAGUCCCGAACCGCAGGCUUCCUCAUCCUCCACCUCCGCCACUCCGAAUCCCACGGUCGAGGAAAGCACUCGAGCACCCGGCACACCUAUCGGUCGUCUUCUAGACAUGGUGCAGCGGGGGCGCUCCGAACCAGGUCCAGAGGAAGGGCCACCUCCAGACGAGAACUUCAGCCUCUUUGCUAUGGACGAGGAGGGUGCAUGGUCCUUAGUUGCAAGUCGAGCAGAUGAGGUGGACAUGCGCCAGCUGUGCCAGAAGGAGCAGGCUCUGUUCAAGGAGAGCGAUGAGUUGGAGUGGAGCGCCAUCCUGAAAACGAAAGCUGUCCGGGUGAUCAAAGGUCUCGAGGCGCGCAAGAUGCGAGAAAUGUACCCCGAGCGAGUGCUGAACGGUACCCUCACCACGUUCGCGCCGACUCCUGCGACGGAAGGGAUGAUGGCCUUCAUGCAGGUGGGUAUCAACCUCAGACAUCGCUUCGUCUUCUCGGACGUCAAGAACGCCUUCUGUCAAUCGGACAAGCUUCGCAGGUCGAAAGGACCCAUCUUCGCAGAACCCUGCGAGGGGCUCCAUCUUGAGCCCGGCUCCCUCAUCGUCGUCGAGGUCCCGGUAUACGGGUUGGAUGAUGCUCCUGCUGCCUGGAGGAACACGGUCACCAACUUCCUGACGACCGAAGGAUUCAUCCGCAACGUGGUGGAACCCUGCUGGUGGAUGAAGUUCGACAAGCAGGGCAACAACGUGACUCAGGUCCUCAUCGAGGUGGACGACUUCAUCAUCAGCAUGGCCGAGCAUCUCCGGGAAGAGGUCCGGAAGAAGUUCGAGGCACGAUUCCACUUCGGCAAGUGGGAGGAAGAUCAGGCCGAGUACGCGGGUCGUCGGGUUCGAGUUCUUGAAGAUCGAGUCCUGGUGGAUCAGGAGAAGUACAUCCUUGAGCAGAUCCAGCCGGUCUUGCUCCCAAAGGGGCGACGGAGUGAGCCAAAGUCCGACCUCACCAAGGAAGAGUUUCAGAGCUUCCGAAGCGCCAUCUACAAGGUGAACUGGGUGGCAAAGGAGACGAGGCCAGAGGUAUGUGGUACAGCCUCUCUUAUGGCAAGCAAGCUGACCACGGCCACCGUGGAGGACGUCCUCAUCCUCAACAAGAACAUCAACUUCCUGCGAAGCACGGCGGCCAGGCCUCUGGUGAUCUGGCAGUUCUCGGCAAAGGAGAUGUCGUUCGUGGCCGUCUCCGAUGCAGGAGGCACAGGAUCCAAGUAUGACUCCUUGGACGAGGUGGGUCUGCCCGCCGACAGCACACAAGGCGCCUGGAUAGUGCUCACCUCAGAACACUUGCCUGUUGGAAACCAGAGGAUCAGGGCAUCGCCGAUGGCUUGGCGCUCAAGCAAGCUGAAGAGGAAAGUGUUCUCCACGUUUGGAGGGGAGACCCAGGCCAUGCUGCAGGCGAUCAACGAGGUGGACUGGUUGCAGAUCAUGAUCCGGGAUGCCGUCUUCCACGAUGUGGAACUGAAGCAGUGGCGGAAUAGCCUGUCGCCUCACAUGGUGGUGAUGAGAGGCGAUAUCCAGGCUCGCAAGCAGCCCCAGUGCGCAGUCACCGACGCGAAGAGCCUGUAUGACUGCCUGAUGAAAGAACACCCGCAAGGGAAACAGGACAGGAAGGCGGCCUUGGAAUUGGCGAUCAUAGUGAAGGACCUCCAGGAGACGGCCUCAAUGGUACGGUGGGUCCCGCACCAGAAAAUGAUCGUGGAUGCCUUGACGAAAGCCGACCCCCUGAAAGCCAAUGGGGCCAUGGCUGAGUUCCUCAAAACCGGAACAUUGAGCCUUGUAGACGUAGCUGAGGAGUUGAAGAACCGAGCAAGUGACUCCAGGAGCUUCGGCGACCUCCUCCCUGGGGAGCAGUACUCCAUGAAGGCCCGCGUGAUCAACGCAGUUGGACCCUCCCAGUGGUCGCCCGAGGGCGCUCUCGUGCGAAUGCCGGCAGAUGUGCCAAAUGAGCCGAUGCCUCUCAGCUCUGAGUUGACCUCCCUUGAGUUCAUCGAAGUCAAGUGGAAGCCGCCACAUGACAACGGCGCGGAAAUUGAGAGGUACGAGAUCAGGCGCCUAGUUGCCCAGAUCUUCCAAAAUCAUUAA